CUAAUUAAUAAAUUAACAUCGUCUGACAUGCCCUGUGACUAAUUUCUAUACGGCAGUAAAGUAUUUUAUUUAAUAUUCCUAAUCACAAAACGUGCAUUUGUCAAAUAUGACUAGUAAUAUAGGUGCAUCUAAUAUAUUUCUAUAGCACAAAAAUAGCGCGGUAUAAAACGAAAAGUCACAGCAAUUCAUGACAGCGACAUCAUUCACACUCUGUGCACCUGUUAAAUACCUGUCAUUUUCUUUUCUUGACUACAGUAAAAUAUAAAAAUGGAGCUCUGGACAUAUCUUAGAGCAUGAAGAGCGCCAUGAAGUGAAGUUGAAGAUGGCGGACAAAAGCCGAUACAAAGUGGUUGCGUGCGCAUUUUGGAUAAUUGCUGCUGGAACCAUAGUGUGCACGGCUUUAUUUACAUCGGUCUGUCUGAUUGGAAUAAGCGGAUGUUGUUCGAGCGGUGCCUGUGGUAUAUUGGAGACCAUCACUAUCAGUCUGGUUAUUGUUACUCUCAUGAUGACAUUCUUUCAUUGCUACAGACAAAAGAUUAAACAUGCAGAAUCCCCUAGUUUUUAUGUGGAAACAAUGAACCUUUCGUCCGAUACGAACAUAAAUACACGAUACACACCACUUCCGGUCAAUAUUGUUACACAGGUAGAGGAGUAUAGAGAAGACUUACUCAAAGCUGUACCGGAAACGGAUAUACCAGAAGAGUUUGAGUGUGCAAUUUGUAACGACAGUAGUACUGGCAACGUCUCAAGACUUUCUUGUGAUCACUUUUUCCACAAGGCCUGUGUACUACAGUGGUUUAUAUCAAACUCCCAGCACACCUGUCCGAUCUGUCGGAGUUCUCAGAUCCCCUCCAAUCACCUGUUGAUAAUAACCGUCCUACCCAGUCUGAGUUCUCGACCAUCAAGAACUUCACAAUUAUAAAGUUUACGGAAGAUGAGGUUUACGAAUUAAAUCUUCUACAAAAAAGAUUCUUCAAAGAGUGAAUUAUCUGAAUUGUGUAUACUCUCAGCUCUGGAGGAAAGAUUACGAUGAACCAGGAAACAGCAAAUCUGAACAACAUAUUAAGCAGAGUGAGACAAUUCAAGAAGUGCUAAUAACUCUUUACAUAGAGCUAUACUUAGACUUCCCGAGUGUGCUGAAAGAUACAUGUAUAUACAGCUAAACUUAAAAGUGGCAUACAAUUAGAUUGUCACGCAGAAAUACGUUAAUGCUUGUUUAACGUCUACACCAUAAAGCACAAACUGGAGAUUCAGUCGACAAUUCAAACAGUGUAAACUGUUGGGAAACAUCAGGCACUGAACAUUAUCAAAAUAGACUAUCAGAUACAAAACAUAAGUCGGCAUUCAAAAUCAUGUAUUUAUAGUUGAUGGUACCCCAAAUUAUCAAUUUAAUUUGGUACUGUCAUCUAUUUCUUUAAUAGGGCAUAGCUUGAUAGUGCGAUAUACGUACAUGUAGCUAAAUCAAUUGGUCUUUCAAAUGGAAAUUUUGAUAAUAAUUUUGAGAAAAAAUUGCUACUUUUGCUUAUAUUUAUGCAAAUUGUCAAUUAUUUAUGGGAAAUUCAUAUAUUUGUACUCAAAUAAUAGUGAAUAUAUGCUA